AUGUGACACAUCUCCGCAAAGUGCCAACAUGGAACUACAAGCGACGAUGAGCCAAGUGUGCUGAUUUUUUUCUACAACAAACCGGAGCAGAGAAGAGCAGCUACCGGGAAUUGGAUAGUCGCCAGCAUAUUACUUUAUAUAGAGGUACAGGAAGCUUCAUCUCAGAGCUGCCGGAACAAGAUUUAACCCGCGUCUCCAGUUCACGAAUUUGUCAGGUCACAAGUCUGCUAAUUACUGAAGCCCUCCACUAGACUGUUUAUUGGCACUGCUUUCCAUUUCUCUGAGAAUUACGUUGGGUGUGGACAACAUCAAAUGGUCUCAGUAAGUCACCAGGCUCCACUCACUAUCGGUGCAGAAGUGCUGACGGCCACUGCCUCCUUCUUGGAGGUGUCCACCUUUGAGGAUUGUGUGCUACCCUAUAAGGACAAUACUGGUGUGCCAGCCGUCAGCCCCUGUGGACACGAUGAGAGCUGUGACUCUUCCUCUGCAUCUUCCUGUUCAAGCCCAUCUUCCCAAGACAUGGAGGACAUUGGUGGCAAUUCAUCUCGAGAGCCUGGUGAACUUAAGGCUCUCUUUUCAUCCUCUGUGGACACAAGUGAGGAGAUUAAUGUAAGCCAGCAAUUUAAGAUGCCUGACUUUUGCUCUGAAAUCUCCAGUAGCUUCUCUCCCACCCUGGAGGAGAUUGAAGAGUUUUUGAAGGAAAAGAUGGAACUUGUCAAAGAGGGCCUUUCUGAUUCAAAUAAAUCUAUUAGCAUUGAAGUGAAUGGGCAUGCUACAAAGGUGGAAGGCUUGGUGACUAGUGAGGCACCUGUUUCUCCUACCUCAGCGGUUGCAUUAUCAACCAAGAGUGUGCCUAUUUUGUUACCUCUUCAUCCCUUGCUUUUGGGCACCACAGGGGCACAGCAAACAUUACAAGGAAACCUUCGUGUGGGACUGGGACACUUGAUAAUUGCCAUCCAAGGUGUCACCGGUAGUCAGAACCUUGUUGUGCUUCCUCACCAAGAUGUAGCAGCCUCUGCCACCCAGAGCACUGCCUCAACCAUCACCAGUGCUAUGGACCAAAAGUAUGUGAAGAUCGCACCUUUGCCCAUUGAAGUGAGAGGUGUGGGGUUUGGAGGCACACUUAAAGCCGUACCCCCUAGGUCUUCCAAGGUGUCAACUGACAUGAUGAGGGUGCACAAGUGCACCCACCCAGGCUGUGAAAAGAUGUACACUAAGAGCAGUCACCUCAAGGCUCACUUUCGAAGGCACACAGGGGAGAAGCCCUACACCUGCAGUUGGCCAGAUUGUGGCUGGAGGUUUUCUCGCUCUGAUGAACUAUCACGCCACAGACGCUCCCAUUCCGGAGUUAAGCCCUACCAGUGCGUCAUGUGUGACAAAAAAUUUGCCCGCAGCGAUCAUUUGUCAAAACACACCAAGGUGCACCGAGGUCAGAGGAUGAGUCGCAUCAUAAGAGCUACCAGCUAGCAACGCUGUCAGUCAGCUAUUUUUUUUCAUGCCCCAGCCCUGGGUGGUGAGAUAAAUGGACAAACCAUUCUGGUAGUUUUGAAAAACAGCCUCUUCUCAUUAGCACUUCUGUGUUAUUUUUAUUCUCGUUAUGGAAGAAACUUCUUUUUAGCCUUGUAUCUCUUUUGGGUUACAUGAUUUGUGUAUAUUGUAAUAAUCUAUAUUUAUAUUUGUUUAAUUGCAGAAUAAGUGUUUGGCACUCCCCAAAUUCAUAAUUUGCUGCUAUGUCUUACAUGCGUUAAAAUGGCAAUCUUGAGAGAAAAAGUGAAAGUCACCAUCUUGGCACUUAAUUAAAAACUACAAGUAGAAUUUUUAACACUAACAGACAAUAUGUACUUUUACCUUUUUGCAGUUUUUUCCCUAGUGAUUGGAAUAAUUGACUGAUUGAUUGAUUAAUUAAUUCUUCCAUUCAUUUAUGUUUGUAGUUUCUACUUAUUGAAGUACAGGAGCAGGGGAUGUGGAGAUUGUAUUUUAGGGAGGUAGAGACUAUCCCUGCAGCAUCCGGUCCAACCCAGGGCAGGAUUCCAGUCACACGCCCAACUGUGGGCUAUUUUUAUGUCACCAAACAGCCUAAUGUUGACAUUUUUUGAGUAGUUGGAGGAAAUCGUGUUUUAUAUUCAAGUCUUUGAGAUGAGGUGGAAAGUGGAGCACCAGGAGCAAUCCCGCAUUGUUAUGCGGUGGUGGUGCUAUAUUAUAUUCCACAAGGGUAGUGACUGGAGUUGCUGUUGAAAGCAUGUACUUUGAUCUAUGGCUGGGCAGUCCUUUUCCCAUUAUAGCCCCAGUAAUUAGUACCGGUAAUUAGAAUGUAGUAGUUCUUCAUUGUUUUCUCCACUUUGCUUUGCAUUUACCAGUUUAAAACAGUCUUAAAAAUGGCAUAGAAGGGCCAACAGCAUCCAUCCAUCGCAUCAUCCAACCCGCUAUAUCCUAACUACAGGGUCACGGGGGUCUGUUGGAGCCAAUCCCAGCCAAAACUCAGUGCAAGGUAGGAAACAAACCCCCGGCAGGGUGCCAGCCCACUGCAGCCACACACACCAAGGACAAUUUAGGAUUGCCAAUGCACUUAAACUGCAUGUCUUUGGACUGUGGGAGGAAACCCACGCAGACACGGGGACAACAUGCAAACUCCACGGAAGGAGGACCCGGGAAGCGAACCUGGGGCUCCUAACUGCGAGGCAGCAGUGCUACCACUGCGCCACCGUGCCGCCUGGCCAAUGUGUUAGGUUUUUAAACUAUUUGUUGUUUAUUUCCAUCUCAAUGGCAGAAGACUAAUGCGGCCAACCUCUAACUGAGGAAAAGCAAUUUAGUUCUUUACAUCUCAAUAGUAGAAAAUUAACAAUUAAAAUUUUGGAAGCAGCAUGGUUUAUGGUACAACAAUUAGGUAAUUAAGAUGUGUAAUACAAAUGUUUGGAGGCAGAGUGGUGGCUCUGUGGCUAAGGAUCUGCUUUGGUAUCUAGAAGGUUGCUGGUUCAAAUCCCAUUACUGCCAGAAGUGAUCCUAUUCCAUUGGGCCCUUCAGCAAGGCCUUAACCUGAAAAAUUACUCCAGGGUAUUGCACAAUGGCUCUGACCCCAAAAGGUCAUGCAAAAAGACUUUCCCCUUGGGAAUACGUAAAAAAGUAUAUGAAACCAAAGUCAAAUGAUUUGCUAUCAAUAUGUGUCACAUUUUCAAACACAACUUGUAACAGGUUGAAUAUACUGUACAGUAUAUAACUAAGUACUAUAUAUUAAGUAUAAAUAUGCGGUUAUAAUGGUCAAUCAGUAGCCCUGGAAAUUAUAUAUAUUUAAGUUUGUAUAUUUAUGUUUUUUGUGGUUUACAUGCAUCUCCCCAUGGCAAAAAAAUAGUUUUAUGAAUAUCAUCCUAAUGGAAAUGUAGGAUAUGCAGGCCCUCAGCGAGAGAGAUUUUUUUUUUUUUACAUGGACAGGCUGUUCCCUGUUUGUAGGGAAAUCCUAUAAGCUUCGCAAACGCCAGUGGGUUUUUUAGUACUUUCCUGCAGUGGUUAUUUUUGGGGUAUUCUUUGUAAUAUUAAGAGCGCUUAACUUUUCCCUUUCAUAUCCACGUUCUUCCUUCUCCCCAUAUUUAUUCAUGCUCACCUUUAAAUCUCUUUGAUGGACUACUGCCCUGCCCAGGCUUGUUUCACACCUUGUGCCUACCAUGAUCCUGAAUUGGUAUAAGCAACCGUGAUUCUGUAUGUAUAUAUGUGAAUUUCUAAAUUUGAGUGAUGCACAGAAGUUAUCAAUAGACAGAAGACACUGCUGUCAGGUUCUUCAGAUGCUAAUUAGUUUAACUGAAUAUUACAGAUAAUUGAAUGACCCAUGAAAGGUGAAUAAUUAUUAAACACAUAAUCUUAAUAGAGGUUGUGUCAAUCCCAAUGUACAAAAUGUAGCAAUGAACAAAAAAAAAAAAAUCUGAGUAUAUCCAUGAAAAUAUGCCAGUCCUUCAUUGGGCAUAUCUCUAAUAUCUCUCACUUGUCAAACACCCUAACCACACUUGUCCAUUGUGGGCACACUCACGCACAUACGGUCCAAUGUAGAAUCACCAAUGGACUUAACCUGCACAUAUCUGAGGCUGUGGUAGGUAAAAUAAAGCAUCAGGAGAAUGUGCAAACUUCCCCACAGAUAACGACCAGGCAAAAAAUUCAACCCUGGACCCUGGAUCUGUGAGGCAGAAGUGUUACUGACUGUGCUACUAAGCCACCCUAUGAAAGUUAAUACCUGUAGUUUGUGUAGAAGUGCUCAGUGCAGUAGCAUGAAUAGCUAGAAAAUGUAUGGAAGGAAUGUAUUGGCAAAAGUAUAAGUAAAGAUAAAUGCAGACAUGUAUGUGAAGAGGCCUUCUACAACUGACUCAAACAUGUAAGCACUCACUCAGUCCAAAUUUGUGUUUCUCAGUAAUGUGCAUUUCUGUUUGGUCUGAUCUCAUUGUUCCCUAAAUUACAUUUAUAGUGCAUUUAUCAAUAAUGAUGAAAAUGGUACACACGGAUGCUGUUGGGUUUCUUCACAGCUGGCCUUGUAUAUCCUUGAAAUUUUGGGUCCUGUGUGGAAAUACUUGAUGCUGUUAUCCUGAAAUGUUUCAAAUGGAAAGAUGAAGGUGCUUUUUUUUUAACUCUGACUUGCAGAAUUUAAAUGAACACUGCCAAGAUCUUUGUACUAUAACGUAUUAUUACAAGGUAACACAUCUUUCUCAAGAAUAUAAAAAGCGUAUUGUAAGUACUUUUUAAAACCUCAUGCAUUCACAAUCUAUAAAACUCCCACUAAUCAAGGCUGUUGCUUAUUAGAAUAAAUCAAAAAGACAGUACUUGCUCACCUAGAGUUCUAUUAUGUAACUAAACAGAUUUUUAAAAUGUUAAAUCUUAAAGCCAUGACAUUAUUUUCUGACUGGUUUCUUCAUAAAGAUAAAAAAAAUAUUUAAUCUGUUGCUUAGAAAUUUUAACUGAAACUACUAACACCCUUGCAGAAUUCUGUUUAAUGUUAAGAGAAAGAGGUUAUGUCAUGGUAUCAGUCUGUAAUAGGUCUCCUGCAGAACCUUAGGCAGGGAAUUAUGGAUAAUGUGUGAAACUGUUCCUCUGCACCAGUAACGUCCUAAGGAAAUGGGUUUUGGCAAGUGGAGCUUAAAUUCUCAUAUUAUCUUUCUGGCCACUGGUAAUGUUCUGCAGUGGCCAUGUACAAGAAGCAACACUGGUGAUACAGCAGUACAAAACUGAGCCUCAUUCAUGGAUAAACAUGUGACGUAUGACCUGGACAUUACCCUACAUUAUGAAUUCAAAUCACUUUAAUGGUUUUUAUGGUGGCUGAUAUGGCUAAGGUUUCAUGUGUUUGGUAAGGAUGAAUAUCUUUUUUUUCUUUCUGUACUUCCAGCUUUAUACAAACACCAGCUUGUUUGGAAGAGUAACUAUAAUUGUGCAACAUAAAAGGUUAUUAUCUCUGUCGAUAGCCUUCACCCCAUACCAUUGCACUCUGUAGUGCUGUAUUGUAGUUUACAAAAUUGAAUGUUACUGGAGGAGAUCAGAAUCUCACCUAUAUUAGGAUGCUAUAUGAAACUGUUACCUCUGAAGGAACUGUGAAUGGAAGCACAUGACCUUUUUUUAAAUAAACAAUAGGGCUAGUUUAAAAGAAAAAUCAGAAGGUCACUCGCAGGUGUUUUCAUUAAUAAAACUUAAAAAGAAUAAUUAUUUGAAAGUUCACUUAUUUUUACAAGUGUAUUUGAUAUUUAGCAUCUUUUAUUGCCUGUUACAGUUCCAUUUGCUGAAAUCAAAUGAAUGUUUUGUAUUUGUUAAUAUUUGUUUUAUCACUGAGGGGGGGGGGGGGGGGGGGGGGUGGUAAAAUGCUUUAUUUUCUUAAAUGUUUUUUGUUGUCCUUUCAAAAUAAAAAAUAAGCUGUGUGACAAAUUACUAU